AUGAAGAAUUAUAAUUCAAAUAGUAAUAGGAAUAAAUACAAAGGAGAAAAUAAUAAUUAUAAUAAUCAUUAUAACAGUUUUAAUUAUUAUAAUAAUUAUAAUAAUAAUAAUAAUAAUUUAUCAUCUUACUAUAAAAAGAAAAAUAAAUAUGGAAAAAACGCUUACGAAAAUGAUUAUAUGAAAACAAAGGAUAAACCAAAAAAUAUAGAAGAAAAUGUUUAUAAAAAAUAUGGUAAUUAUAAAAAAGAAGAUAAUCAUUUAAAAACAUUAAAUGAUAAAGACAAUAAUAUUCUUGAAGAUGUAGAUAAAAUUAAUAAUAUAACAUUCGGUUAUACGGCUAAUUCAGAAAGUGAUUUUAAUUAUUUGAUGAAUAAUAAUUUAAUUGAAAAUGAAAAAAAAUUAUUCAAAAUGAGCACUUUAGAAAAAAACAACCUGAAUUGUUCAGAAUUCUUGAAAUCACAAGAAAAUAAAUUAAUUGAUGAAAAUAUAAAUUUAAUGAAAAAUAAAGGAGAAAAGGAAAAAUUAAAUAUUAAUGAUAAAAAUAUAUCCUAUAUGAAAAAUGUAAAAAAUAUUAAAGAUGUGCCUAAUUUAAAAAAUGAAAGGUAUAUUAAAUAUGACGAGCAAAAUGAGGAUUUAUUUGUAAAUAAUAAUAAUAAUAACAAUAAUAAUAACAAUAAUAAUAAAAAUAAUAACAAUAAUAACAAUAAUAUCAAUAAUCGUACCAUCGAUAAAAAUGAUACGAAUAAUAAAGAAAGCGAUGAUUUGUUUUGUUUUAAUAAGAGGAUGUCUAACUUAACUAAUUUAAUAAAUAAAGAUCUUUUUUUCUCAAAUGAAAACGAAGAUAUGAAUGUUAAAUUACAAGUUAAUUCAAACGAUCAAUUAUAUGAUGAAGAAGAUAAUGAGAAUUAUCAAGAAUCUUCUUUAAAUGGUGAACCAUUUAAUUUUACGAUUACUGAAAAUAUAAAUAAUAUAAGUAAUAGAAGUAAAAAAAAUUAUGUAAAUAUAGUUAAAGAAACUUUUGAAGAAAAAGAAGAAAUUCUAUACAAUAAUAAUAAUAUGAUGUUAUAUGAACAAAUAAGAGAAAAACAACAAAAUCAUGAAUAUAAAAAAUUAGAUGCAUCAGAUGUUAGUAAAUCUUAUUUAUUAAAUAAUUUUCAACAAACACAUAAUUAUCCAUUUGAUGCAAAGGAUAAAAAAUAUGAAAACUAUGGAAAUCUGGAGAAUUUUCCAAAUGAUGAAUAUAUGAAUAUUUUAAAUGUGCAACAUUUAAAUUCAAAUAAUAAUAAAUGGGAACGAGAAAAAGAGAUUUUAUAUGAAGAAAGUGAAUCCUCGCAUGAAAAAUUUAUAAAUAAUGACAAUAUACAAAUGAACGAUUAUCACUUCAACAACAAUAAUAGUGACAAUAAUAAUAAUAUAUCUAUAAAUGAUUUGAGUGAAUAUAUUAAUGCCAUGAGUGGUAAUAAUGUUAACAAAUUAAAUUAUCUAAAUAAUAUUUCAAACUGUUAUAAUAACAUAAAUGAUAUAUAUGAUAUGUCGAAUAUAAUGAAUAAUAUGGAUAACAUGAAGGAUAUGAACAAUAGGGAUAAUAUGAAAAAUAUGAAUAAUAUAAACAAUAUGAAUAAUAUAAACAAUAUAAACAAUAUGAAUAAUAUGAAUAAUAUGGGAAAUUUUAAAGAUAUUGAUAAUAUAAAAAAUAUCAAUAUAUGCAAUCUUAGCAGCUUAAGUAAUAUAAAAAAUUUGAGAGAAAUGUUAAACUCUUGUUAUAUGAACGACAUGAAUGAAGACGAUGAUUAUGUAGACAAAAGUAACAAAAUAGCUAGUCUUGCUAAUGAAUGUAAAUUAAACAAAAACGAAAUGGAUAAUGAUUUUAUUUUAAAUAUGGAUGAAAGAAAUGGAUUUAAUAAUAUAUCAGAAAAUUAUAACAUAAAUGAUGAAAAAUAUAAUGAUCUAAUAAGUUUAUUAAAUAAAUAUAAAGGAGAAGAAUAUAAAGAUAUGGAUGAUUUAUUUAAUGAUGAUACUAUUAUGAAUAAAGAAAAAACAAAAAUAAAUGAAUUAAUAUAUAACAAUAAUAAUAAUAAUAAUGAUACCUUUGUUAGUAAGAAUGAUUCUUUUGUUAAUAUGAGAAAUAAUAAUACGGUAUCUCAAAUGAACCAUCAUAAUAAGAAUGAAUUAAAAUUUGAUGAUUAUAUAUUAAGGGGUAAAUUAGACGAAGGAGAUUUUUAUUUAAAUAAUAAUCUUAAAAGCAUUGGAAAAGAAAAGAAAAAUAUGGAAAAGGAGAAGAGACAAGAAGAUGAAGAUGAUGAAGAAGAUGAAGAAGAAGAAGAUGUUUUUGUGAUAAAUGAAAAUGGAGAUUUGAAUUUAAACAAAUCAGCAGAUUUGAAUGUAUUAAAUAUGUUAAAUGAAUAUUAUUUAAAUGAUAAAUCACGAGAAUUUAUGUUAAUUGAAAAUAAUAAAGAUAUUAUAUCAGAGUUAAGAAGCAAGGAGGAAAAAAAUGAAUAUCACAAUAUGGGGGAAAUGGAUGAUAAAAAUGAUGAUAUGAAUAAUAUUAAUAAUAUAAAUAAUAAUAAUAAUAUUAAUAAUAUGAAUAAUAUAUAUAAUAAUAUAAAUAAUGUUCAAUUAAAUGUACGAAAUAAUUAUUAUAAUGCUCCUCCUUCAGAAGAAAAUAAAGAGGAAAUAUAUUACAAAAAUAAAAUAAUGCAAAAUUAUAUUAAUAUAGAUGGUAAUAAGAAUAAUAUAAAUGAUAACAAUAUGAGCAAUAAUAACAAUAAUAAUAUUAAUAGUAUGAACCAUUUAAAUAAUAGACAUAAUAUUAUGAACGAUAUGAAUAAUAAGAAUAAGCUGUCAACAAAUUUUGCAAACCAUAAUCAUCUAAUAAAUAUGAAUCGUCAGAAUAGGAGUUAUGAAAAUAAUGUUGUAGGAAAUAAAAAGAAUAUGAAUUUAUCAAUGAAUAUUAUGAAUGAUAAUGUCAAUAAAAAUGUAUCUAGAGGAUAUUUAGAAAAAUAUGAUCAAAAAAAUUAUUAUUAUAAAAAUUAUGAAAGGACAAAAAAUAAAAAUAAUAACAUCAAUCAUAUGAAUAAUAAAGGUAAUUGUCAAAACUAUAUAAAGAUGGAAUAUGAUAAAUCCAAUAGUUAUAAUAAUAAUAACAACAAUUUUAAUGUACUUAUAAAUAAUAAUAAUAAUUACUUUCAUAUGAACACUAUAGAAUUUAAUAAUUCGAGAGAAUACAAAAUGUCAGAUGAAAAUUUUAUCAUGAGAUUAAAAAGAAGUAAUAUGCUAAAAUUUACCAAUUUUUUAAAAACAAAUUAUAAAGAUUCGAAUAUUAUUGAUUUGAAUGAACCUUUAUAUAAUUAUUAUCGUUUUAUAAAUAAAAUAAAUGCAAAUAUUAAACAAAAUAAUUAUCUCAUAAAAUAUAAAAAUAUUAUGAACAAAAGUGAUAAAGAUAAAUUAUUAAGAAUUCAAUUAUCCUACAUGAUCAUAAAUCCAUCCAUACAAAAAAAUAGUGGGAAAUGGAAUUUUAAAAAUGAAGAUAAGGAUAAAGAAAUAAAUACUAUAAUGAAUAGUGACCAUUCUGAUAAUAAUGAAGAGAAGCAUUUAAAUAAUAAAGAAUAUAAUAAUUAUAAUAAAAAGGUUGAUGGUAAUGAUGACAAUAAUGAUAAUGAUGAUCAUAAUAAUAAUAAUGAUGACAAUAAUGAUAAUAUUGAUGGUCGUAAUAUUAAUGAGGAUGAAGAUCAGGGGUUGAAAAAUCUUAAAAAAUAUGAAAAUAUCAUGCAACUUUUUAAAGAAGGAAAUAUAUUUGAUAAUUUAGAAAAUAAAGAAUGCUCUCCCAUAUUAGAAAAUAAUAAUAUUAAUACAUUACAAUAUGAACAAGACUUCAACAACAUAUAUUAUUGUAAUCCAUUAGAUUAUAAUAAAAAUAUGGCAAUGAAUCAAAACCAUUAUCUUGAUAUGAAUAUUAAUAAAUUAUUAAGUUUUUCCAAAUUAAAAGAUGAAAAGAAUAAUCAAAAUGACAUUAUAAAAAAAAAAGACACAAUUGUUAGUAAUGAGCUAUAUGGUAAUAACAUCCUUAACAAAGAUAUGAAUAAUUAUUCUAAUAUUUUAAAAAAUGAACAAGUAGGAGAUAAAGAAAAUUUAUUACAAAUACAAAAGUCAGAAAAAUCGAUUUUACAAUAUAAAAAUAAUAAUGAAGAGGAAGUUCAUUUAAAAAAGGAUAAUAAUGUAAAUAAAUUAGUGAUAGAAAAAAAAAAAAAUCAAGAUUUAUGUAAAUAUGAUAAUAUGAAUAAACUAGGAAAAUUUGUUUUUGCUACAGUACAUGAACCAAGAAAUUUAAUUAGCUUAGUAAAAAAUAAAGAUGUAGAUGAUCAUAAUGUAAUUAUAGAAAAGGUUAGAAAAUUAAUAGAAAGUGAAAUAUAUGAAGAUGAAAAAAAUCAUAUUGUAAAUAAUAAUGGUGGUUCGAUAAAAAAAAAAAAGGAUGAUAUUAUUAAUAUAUAUAAUGAUAUAAAUAAUGUCGAUAAAAAAAGUAAUGAUUAUUUGUUUAAAGACCUUAGGAAUGAUGGAAAAGAUGAAAAUCAUAAAAAUAUAUCUCUUACAUGUAAGAAUAAAUAUAACAAUAUUAUUAUAAAAAAAAUGUUAGAAAAUUUAUGGGACAUAUAUAUAGAUAUUAAAAAUUUAUAUAAAGAUAUAGAUAAGUGUCCAUAUACACACAUUGAAACCAUAAAUAAAUAUAAUGAAGAAAUUAAGAAAAAGAAAAAUAAUAUGUUUCAAUUUAUAUUUUUAAAUAAAAUUAGUGAUAAUACAAUAACACCUUCUAUAAAAUCAUUAGUUGAUAAUAAUCAUAUAUUUUUAAAAAAAGAAAAUAUAAGUAAUUUGGAUAUCAUAAUAAAUAAGUAUAUAUAUUUAUAUGUAACAGAAAAAUUAAAAUGUGAUAUGGAGAAGCAUUUAUCAAGUGAGUGUUAUUUUCCAAAUAUGGAUUGUUUGAUAAAAAGUUUAAAUUUUAUUAAAUGGAAAGAAAUGAAAGAUCAUAUGAAUGUAAACAAAAAUGUAAGUACACAUUCAAAUGUAAAUAUAGAUAUAAAUAGUUUAAAUAAAAAUAAUGAUGAUUUAUCUAUCGGAGUGAAUGAUACAAAUUAUAUUUUAUCAAAUGAUAAUUUAGAAAAAGACCAAGAAAAUCAAAAGAAAAAAGAAAAAAAAAAAAUAAAUACAUCAAAUGAAGAAAAUAAUGGAGAUGUUAAAAAUGAUAUAUGUAAUUUAUUUUUAUAUAAUUUCCCUUAUCAAGACAAUAUAAAAGAAUUGAAUACUUAUAAUAUAUUUGGUAAGACAAUAUUAUAUAAUAAUAAAUAUAAUUAUUUUAAUUUUGAUAAAUAUAAUAAUUAUGAUAUAUUUUUACCGGUACCUAAAGAAGAAAAAAAGAAGAAAGGAUUUUUAUUUUUUAAAGGAGGAAACAAUAAUAACAAGAUAAGUACUAAUACAAAAGAUAAUGAUGAUGAUGAUGAUUAUAGUAAUAAAAAUGAUGAUGAUAAUAAUAAUAUUAAAGUACAUAACCAUAUUGAUAUAUUAGAUAUUGAUAAAGAUAAAAUGAAUGAAGAAUUAAUACGUAUAAAAUGUUGUUAUUAUUUAUUUGUACAUAGUUUACUAAGAUAUAAAGGUGCAUCUAUAUAUAGAAAAAUAUUUAAAAUUAUAAAAAAGAAAAAAAGAAGAACUCUAAUAUAUACCUUUUUUACUAACUUCUUUUUAUUAUAUUAUAUAUUAUAUCAUGCUGAUCAAUGUUUUGAUAACAAGUUAGAAUAUGAAGAAUUUUUAAAAUUACAACUAUUACAUAUUAAUUCAAAUAUUAAUACUAUUCAUAAAUUAUUAAAAAAUGAAAAAGAACAAAAUAAAGUUAUAAAAUAUCAAACAAAUAAUUCCAAUAAUGAAAAUAAUCAAUCAUUAUUCAAUAUUAGAUAUAAAUUAUAUAGUACAAAUAUAUAUACCUCAUUAUAUAUAUAUCUAAUCGAUAUUUCAUUAUCUUAUUUGUUUACCCCAAAUAUGGGUAUAAAUUAUAUGCAGGAUAUUUUAUCCUUAUUCCUAUUUUAUAAUUAUAUAUGUUUAUACAUGACAAAAAUUUUACUCUACAAGAGUGGUGGUGCUUUAAUAACCAUAUUGUUGGUAAAGAUAAUUCCAUACGUCAAGGAAUUUGAUAGAAAUUUGAUAAUCUGUUUUCUAUAUUCUGUAUUACAUAGUAUAUUUUAUAUUAUGUGUAAUAUAUUUUUGUACAACUUGGAAAAAGAGAAGAAGAUCUUCCAAGGAUCAGAAGUGGACCUGUAUGUAAAAGUCUUAUCAAGUUUAACAAACGAGAUUGAGUUUUAUAAAAUUAUUUACAAGAGUGUAUGUAGUUAUUCUCAUCAAGAUACAUUUUAUGAAGAAGAAAUAAUGGCAAUGUUGAGGGAUCUUAGUAAGGAUGAUAUCGUAAAGGUGAUCAUGAGUCACUUACAGAAAUGA